AAAAAGAAAAUACAAAAGGAUUAAAGUAAACACGGCACGGUCAGCACGCACGCAACUUCCUAAGUGAUUCAGUGCCCCUCGAACAGGAACCAAGGAACCCAACUCUGAGCAGCACGGAAGACUGACAGUGACACCGCCACGCCGCCAGCCAAAUUCGUCUUGAUACGUCAUCAAAGGCCUGGUCUUGCCAAGAUGGUUUGUCAGACAUCUCUUUAUCCCUGUUCCAUUAACAUCCAGGUGCCCAGCAGGCAUUUUGCUGCUGCUGCUACAAAGCCUGGAAGAAAAACAAAAAAAGUUGCCAAAGAAAAAACGCCAGCUGAAAAACAAGAUGAGAUAGAAAAGCUGAAGUCGUAUGUCUACAUGGAAGGCGAACCUGCAGAGGAUGUCUAUUUAAAACGCUUGUACCCCAGGCAAAUAUAUGAGGUGGAGAAAGCUGUUCACUUACUUAAGAAAUUUCAGGUUCUGGACUUUACCAAUCCAAAGCAGGGGGUCUAUCUUGAUCUGACCCUAGACAUGUCCCUGGGGAAGAAGAAAAGAGUGGAGCCAUUUGCCAGCGUUGUUGGUUUUCCAUACCCAUUUGCUUCCGAAAUCAAUAAAGUUGCUGUAUUUACAGGGAACCCAUUAGAGAUUAAAAUAGCGGAGGAGAAUGGAGCUGCUUUUGCAGGAGGAACUGAUCUGGUUCAGAAGAUUCUGGAUGAUGAAAUUCAAGUAGACUUUUAUAUAGCUAUUCCAGAAAUGAUGCCUGAACUUAAUCCAUUAAGGAAGAAACUGAAAAAAAGAUUUCCAAAACUUACUCGGAAUUCCAUUGGCCGUGACAUUCCCAAAAUGCUUGAAUUAUUUAAAACUGGACAAGAAAUUGCAGUAGAUGAAGAAAGGGAGAACUUUCUCAAGACCAAAAUCGCAACAUUGGACAUGUCAAGUGACCAGAUAGCUGCAAAUUUGCAAGCAGUUAUUAAUGAAGUGUGUAGGCACAGACCACUGAAUUUGGGGCCCUUUGUGGUACGAGCUUUCCUUCGAAGCGCCACCAGUGAAGGUUUGCUGUUAAAGAUCGACCCAUUGUUGCCUAAAGAAGAAACGCCUCAAGAAAAGAAUAAAGCCAGUAUUUAAAUGUCUUACAUCGUGAAAUUAUUUGUAACGAAUAAGCAGCAAAUAAAACUGCACAAUGCCUACA